UUUAAAAACUGGGUGGAGUUUGUAAAGAAGGUAAAUUUUGGAACAAGAAAUGGGGCGUUAGCAGAUAGCAGAUAGCAGAUAGCAGAUAGCAGAUAUAGCGAUGCCAUCUCGACAACUAGCGACGUCAGGUGGAGGUUGGAAGAAGCAGGGUGGUCUGUUAGGUUCCACUUCCAGCGCCUUGGCCUGCUCUUUCUUCCUCUUAAUCUUGCUCUGCCUCCGCAAGAGAAAGCGCACCACUCCCUCCUCCGACGCCGACUCUAACCCUCCUCAUCCCUACCCAUACCCGCUCCUCCGCCGGGCCACCAACUCCUUCUCCACGCGGCUGGGCCAGGGCGGCUUCGGCCCCGUCUUCUCCGGCACCCUGGGCGGGCAGCCCGUGGCCGUCAAGCUGAUGGACUCGGCCUCCCUCCAGGGCGAGCGCGAGUUCCACAACGAGCUCCUCUUGGCCUCCCGCCUCCGCUCCCCCCUGGUGCUCCCCGCCAUCGGCUUCUCCUCCGACCCCAAACGCCGCCGCUUCCUCCUCGUCUACCAGCUCAUGCCCAACGGCAACCUCCACGACGCCCUCCUCCGCCGCAGAUCCCCCCACCUCACCCCCUGGAAAAACCGCUUCCACAUCAUCCUCCACGUCGCACGUGCCAUCCACUACCUCCACUCCCUCCAGCCCCCCGUCAUCCACGGCGACAUCAAACCCUCCAACAUUCUCCUCGACCACUCCUUCUCCGCCAAGCUCGCCGACUUCGGCCUCGCUCGCUUCAAAACCCACACCCUUCAUCCAAAUAAGGAUGAAUCCGAGAGCGACGCCCCCUCCGAGUCCGACUUUGAAACUCAGAGCGUCAACACCGACCAAUCAUUCGAUGACACCGCCAAAGGGGACUAUGUGAGGGAUUGGAUUGCAUCCAGUAGUGGAACCGUGGAGAAGAAGAAAAGUAGGAGGAAACUGGGAUGGUGGGAAUCCAUGGAGGGUCAUGGUUUGAAGAAGGACAAGAGGAGGCCGGCGAGGGAAUGGUGGAAGGAGGAGUAUUCAGAAGAGCUUGCCAAGAAGAAGAAGAAGAAGAAGAAAAAGGGUGAUAUGGAUAAUGAAGAGGAUGUAGGCGUAUACAAGAACCGUAGUGGUGUGGAAUCGUGGUUGAGCGGAGAGCGGUGGAAUAGUUACGAGUCGGCGGAGAUGGCAGGAAAGAGUGGGGGUGUGAGUAGCAGUCGGAGUAUGAGGGGAACGAUUUUGUACGUGGCACCUGAGUGUGGGUACAGUGGGGAGGUGUCGGAGAAGAGUGACGUGUACAGUUUGGGGGUUUUGUUGCUUGUGAUUGUUUCGGGGAGGCGUCCGCUGCAGGUGACGGGGUCUCCGAUAUCGGAGUUUAGGCGUGCGAAUCUGGUGUCUUGGGCGAAACAGUGUGCGAGGAAAGGGAAGGUUCUGGAAGUGGUGGAUGAGAGUGUGGAGGGGUUGGAUAAAGAGCAGGCCAUUCUGUGCGUGACGGUUGCGCUCAUGUGUUUGCUCAACUCACCUGCUCGUCGCCCUUCCAUGGAGGAGGUUCUGGGAAUGCUCACUCGCCACAUCCAGACACCGCCACAGGAACAUGGUUCACAAACAAUUUCCAUGUCCAAUUAUUCCCAACAAAGGCGCACAUCAUCACAACGGAUACAAUUUUAGCAUCCAUUUUCAAAUUAUUUAUCUCUAAAUUAUACCCCAUUCCUUUAUAAGUAUCUACAUUUUUUCUGGGUUUA